GUUUUGGGUUGGAUUAGAAUUGGCUUCAUUUUCAUUCCAUGGCUUGCCUGAGUCUCAGCAUUUUGAUGCUCUACAUCUCCAUCUACUCCACUGCCACCCUCUUCACUCUAUGCGAGGCAAGAAGGGAUGCACAAAUGAUGAAAUUCUCAGAUGCUCAACUCUAUGAUGUAAGCUCUCCCUUCGCUCUACCACCCUUUGAAUCAAUAGCACCAGCCUCCUGGCCUGGAAACACUCCUCCAUUUAGUGUAUUUCCACCAAUAACCCCACAACCACCUUCCUCAACCAUACAAUCUCCUAUAGGCUAUGCACAAUCACCCAGCCCAUCGCCGCAAAUACCCGAUUUUCCUUUCCAAAGCCCACCAAUCAUACCCAUUAACAUGCCGAGCCCACCUACGCAUUCCCCGGUCCCAAAUCCACCCCAAUACGAGCGCAGCCCACCUAGUAGCUUUCCCAGUCCACCUAAUCAUGGGCCUAGCCCACCCAAUAUAAAUUUUCCUCCAAGCCCGCCAAUUUUUUUGCCCCCUGUAGUUUUCCCACCACCAUCAGGACCACCAGCCCCAGCUAAUAAGAAGCCAGAACAUGCUAUGUGGUGCGUUGCAAAGCCAUCAGUGCCGGACCCAAUAAUUCAGCAAGCCAUGGACUAUGCCUGCGGGACAGGGGCGGACUGCAAAUUGAUCCAGCCUGAUGGGCCGUGUUACAAACCCAACGCUUUGUUAGCCCAUGCUUCAUAUGCCUUCAACAGCUACUGGCAGAACACAAAGGCCGGCGGAGGCACUUGUGAUUUUGGAGGGACUGCCAUGCUUGUCUCGGUGGAUCCAAGUUUUGAUGAAUGCCAUUUCAUCUGCAAUGACUGAGGAAAGAGCAGUGGGGACAUUACUUCAUUUUACAGACAAAAUGUUUUCGUCUUUCACGAAUUUUGCAAAUUAAGAGGCUGCUAAGACUUUGGCUACAUCCGACCGAUUUGUAUGACUAGGAAUUUGGCAAUGGAGUUCUUGCAAUAUAUAUAU